AUGCAAUUGCAGAGUGCGCGUUAUCCCGAUCCGCCUGAGGAUGCGACAGAUAUUGUUGAUAUCGAGUUGUACAAGACCCGAAUGCAGGAGAACGAAGAGGGAGAUGAACACGAGGGGCCGAACUAUGUGCCGUGGCGGCCUGGCGCCACGCCGGCCGCCAAGAUACGGGUCGUCAACUCCGGGUGGAGCACCAAGAUGUUCCUCGAGCAGGCCAGCCGCGUCGGAUCGGCUGGGUCGACCAGGGCAUCUGCCUCGCUCCGCAGGAGGUCGAAGGAAGGCAGGGUGAACCCGGCCAGGAAGAGGACCAAGGAAGGCAGCGUCCCAAGGAAGAGGCCCGAGGCCCGGCAGGGUGAACCCGGCCAGGAAGAGGCCAGUGACUCCGAUGCGCCCGACCGCGACGACGGCAGCCACAUCGGCAGCUCGAGAGGCUCCGAGGGCGGCAAUCAGGGGCAACGUUGAGGGGGGAUUGGUUCAGGGGGGAAACAUUGACCUGAAAUCGGCGAUACAUCGCCGAUAGAUCGGCGAGGGUCCCAAGAUGGCAAAUCCAGACGUUCCGAACUCGACAGCAUGCGACGGGGCCCGCCAUGCGUGCGCGAGCUGCGCGAACGGGCCCCGGCUCUUGGGCUUGAGCUCAAAUGGGCGAUGGGCCCAGGGGGGGACGCAUCGGCCCGCCAUCGCCCACCGAUCGCCGAGAAGGGCCCCGCAGCCCCAACCUGCCCAGGAACGUCCGGACUCGCCAUGCGGGGCCCACUGCCGAUCUACCUCGGAUAUAGCCAGGACCCCAGGUAAGGGGACCCGGUCAGUAGUAGGGCCUCGGAGCCCCUCGAUCGGCCAGAGUCACUAAACCAGGUCUGCCGUAGCUGGUGUUUUUUCGGGAGACGGCAGUUCCGGUUAGUGGGACGGGACGGGGGGGGCGCCCCCCAGUGCAAAUCACUAAACCAGGUCUCACUAAACCCAGUUCUGCCAACGCCCGAUUAUCGGCGAUGUAUCGCCGUUUUCAGGUUGCUGUCUUUUCCCCGAGUCAGUUCCCCCCCCCUGGCGUUGCCCUUCAGGCAGCAUCCGUGGCUCCGUCCGGGUGUCCCAGUCGUCAGCAAGGACAUCAUCCAAAGCGCUGCGCGAUGUCCCACACGACCCCUUCCCAUUCGUCCUUCGUUCUUCCCCGCUCCUCGCCGCCCUCCACUUCUUUCGGAGGCAGGCCUCCCACUGGUAAUGGUACCCCCUCCCUCGUUUUCGCCUUGUGGAGCCUAGGGGGGGCUCGUCGCUACGGCUGGAUUCACCUCAGAAUCCUGGUCUACCCGUCACCACGCGCCCACGAAGAUACCUUUCCUUUAUUUUCUGUCUUUUUCGGAUUCUGUG